AUGGGAGACAGCGAGGCCAUGGUUGCUGAAGGUUAUACCUCCGCUCCAUAUGGGGAUUACAAUGUUUCUGCUGCCACUGUCACUGUGGAAUCAACUGGCCAAGAAAACGUAGUAAACCAGAGCAAUGCACUAAGUGUUGAUUCAUCUCAAUCCCUCAAUAAUGCUUCAUUGGUGAAUGGGACUGGCCCUGUAGGUAGUUUAUCUGCGCCAGUUGAGAACGGAAAUGCAACAGAGCAUCGAGACAAGCUUGGCUCUACUCUUUCACCAGCAUAUUGUUACGGAUUAGAGACGAAUGGUUUGGAUUACAUAUCUUGUAUCGAUUCGUUGGCUUCAGACACAACUACACACCAACCUCAAAUCCGUAAUUUGAGUUCAGUAUAUGAAGCCAGUACACAAAAAAAGAAAAAAUCAACAAGCCAUCGUCGAGUGAGAAGUUUGGCUUCUUUGGAUGAUUCUGCCUUUCUGCAUCUGCUAAUCCAAAGAAGCGAGUUUUGCAUUUUGAUUCAAAUCCAGAACAAUCUUCCCGUACACGCCAAGAUCAGUUCCGAGAUUUGGAUUCAAUAA